UUCACAACUCAAAAAAACUAAAAAAAAUUCGAGCUUUGUUUCAUUUUUUUUUUAAAUCUCAAUUUCCAUAAGUUAGGGUUUUUACAUUUCCAUACAGUUCAGUCAUAAUUAUACAUAGAUAGAUUAGAUUCGAUAGCGAGAGUUCUCAAAACACCGGAAAAAAGAAGAAACAAUUCGUGACCAUUUGAUUUUUUUGGAUCUGAUCAUGGACGCACGAGAUUCCACAUCGAACCGAGACGUCUCAUCGAGCCCCGGCGGCAGCGGCACCACCACCGGCGGUGGAGGAGGAGAAGACGACCCUAUCCUUUCCGUCACCGCCGCUCUCGCCAAAGACGCUUGGUUUCACUUCAACUCUCGCCGGUUCAAUGAGUGCCUCGAGGUUCUGUAUCAGCUAAAGCAGAAAAAAGAAGACGAUCCGAAGGUACUACAUAAUAUUGCAAUUGCGGAGUAUUGUCGAGAUGGUUAUCCAGAUCCAAAGAAGUUGCUUGAAAUACUUUAUAACAUUGAGAGGAAAAGCAAAGAGCUUGCUUACACCUCAGGAAAGCAGGUAGAGACUGUUAGCAAUCCUGGGAACAAAGUUGUGCCAGGGUCUAAAGGAAGUGGUGCAACAGUGCACCAAGCAUCUGCCACGAACAGCUUGCCUGUUGCUGACAUGGAUGAAUUUGACCCAGCUGUAGCAAGGCUAAACAUUGCAAUCAUUUGGUACCAUCUUCAUGAAUAUUCAAAGGCAUUAUCGGUUCUAGAACCUUUGUAUCACAAUAUUGAACCUAUAGAGGAGAGAACUGCUCUUCAUGUCUGCCUUUUGUUGCUAGAUGUUGCACUUGCCUGCCAGGAUGCAUCUAAAUCUGCUGAUGUAUUACUAUAUCUAGAAAAAGCGUUUGGCUUUGGUUCUGUGGGUCAAGGUGAUAAUGGGAGUGCAGCACAGCAACAAUCGACAAAUCUAGUUGCAAAAUCUUUGACUGUUCCUAGUAGUUCAUCAGGGAUGGAUGCUAAUUCAGAUUUAGCUCCUAGUGAGAAUGCUUUGGAAAAUUCUUUAUCGAGAACUCUAUCAGACGAGACACUUGAGUAUGAAUCAAUGUUCUCACUCGACAUAAGUGGGCAAAACUUAGCAAGGCCUGUGGGUCUUUCAUCUUCAAAUGACCUUUCAAGGACCCCAAUUGAUAGGUCCUUUUCUCCUUCUGAAAUGAAGCUUAAGUUGCACAUUUACAAGGUUCAAUUUCUACUACUCACCAGGAAUUUGAAACAAGCAAAGCGUGAAGUCAAGCUUGCUAUCAACAUUGCACGUGUGAGGGACUCGCCCAUGGCUCUCCUCUUGAAAUCUCAGCUUGAAUAUGCUCGUGGUAACUACCGUAAGGCCAUUAAGCUGUUAAUGGCAUCAAGUAAUCGGGCAGAGAUGGGGAUUUCAAGCAUGUUCAACAACCUUGGGUGCAUUUACUAUCAGCUUGGGAAAUACCAUUCAGCAUCUGUUCUCUUUUCGAAGGCACUGGCCAGUAGUUCAUCUAUUUGGAAGGACAAGCCACGAAAGUUGUUAACUUUUUCACAGGAUAAAUCUCUCCUCAUUGUAUAUAACUGUGGAGUGCAGCACUUGGCUUGUGGGAAACCCUUACUGGCUGCUCACUGUUUCGAAAAAGCAAGUUUGGUUUUCUACAACCAGCCUUUAUUGUGGCUCCGGCUUGGUGAAUGCUGCUUGAUGGCUUUGGAGAAGGGACUUCUAAAAGCUGGUCGGGUUCCAUCAGACAAGUCAGAUGUUACCGUUCAUGUUUUCGGCAAGGGAAAAUGGAGGCAUCUUGCAAUUGAAAACGGUAUUUCAAGAAAUGGAUAUGUGGAUUCUGUUGAAAAGGAAGAUUUGUUUUUGGGUAGUGAUGGCCAUCCAAAGCUCUCCAUGUCCCUUGCUCGGCAGUGUCUCCGCAAUGCACUGCAUUUACUGGAUUACUCGGAAUUAAAUCAUUUGAAACCUGGUUUGCCUUCUAAUAUAUCCUUGGAUGAAAAUGAACUGAGCGAAGAAGGAUCUAUGAAGAGUUCAAACCACAAGAAUUUAACUGGCCUUGAUUCCAAAGCAUCUACUGUAGGCUUAGGUCAAGUUAAUGCUAACGGGGAUGCAAAAGAACAGAAGGGAGGGACAAGUCAGGAGAUCAUGCAGAAGUCUAUCUCUUUCCACGAAGAUAUUCGCAGGAGAGAAAAUCAGAUGAUCAAGCAAGCGCUUCUCGCUAACUUAGCAUAUGUAGAGUUGGAAUUGGAAAAUCCUGAGAAGGCCUUGUCAAAUGCAAGGUCUCUCUUGGAACUUCCAGUAUGUUCGAGAAUUUAUAUUUUUCUGGGUCAUGUGUAUGCAGCUGAGGCUCUCUGCUUGCUGGACAAGCCCAAGGAAGCUGCUGAGCAUUUGUCAAUUUAUUUGUCUGGAGGAAAUAAUGUGGAGUUGCCCUUUAGCCAGGAUGACUAUGUGCAAUGGCGAGUGGAAAAAGCUUUUGAUUAUGAAGAGUUAAAUGGAGGAUCAAUCACUGCAAAGAAUUCCUCCCCAGAUGAAUCACAAGGUAUCGUGUUCCUCAAUCCCGAAGAGGCACGCGGAACCCUUUACGCAAAUUUUGCAGCCAUGUAUGCAGCACAGGGUGAUCUUGAGCGAGCCCACCAUUUCGUGACACAAGCUUUAUCCCUCGUACCUAAUCGUCCAGAAGCUACUCUGACAGCAGUUUACGUUGAUCUUAUGCUCGGUAACUCACAGGCAGCGGUUGCCAAGUUAAAACAAUGUAGUCGGCUCAGAUUUCUCCCAAGUGAUGUACAAUUGAAUAAGUGUUGAUGGUUGUAUCAUUGGCUUUUCAUUCUUGUAUGGCCCACAUCUCAGUUCUAGUUAGCAGGUAGAUCAGCAAUCCUUCAAUAGAAUCUGUAACAUAUAUAUAGUCCGAUUCAGAGAAUAAGUUUUUCAGUUCAUUUUUCCUUAAUUUUUGAUAUUUAGGGUUCAUUAAUUGGUGCGGCUGAGUGUUUUGGAUAGAGUCGGAUGCCCACGUUUGAAAUUAAUGUUGUGCUUAUCCAGACCAAAAACAGAAGAAAAGGAAUUGAUUCAUCGAUUUCUUUCAUA